AUGGCACCUGAGCUGUCAAACCAGAAGCGAAGCGCUGAGAGUGUUGUCGACGCUUCACAGGAUCAUCCUGAAGCUGCUGCCUCUCGGAAGACGCGCAAGGUUAGCCGCGCUUGUGACUAUUGCAAGUUUCGCAAGGCCAAGUGCACCGGUGACCAGCCAUGCGCGAAAUGCAUAUCAAGGGGUCGAAUAUGUCUGUAUGAGGCAAGAUACACUCGCGGCAUGCCGCCCACGCCUCCUCCGUCCUCGGAUACUAGCCACCGGCAGGCUGUCGGUGGCGGCAGAGCUUCCCUGAGUGAAUCCUUUACCACCUCUGAAGCCACGACUGUGAUUUCAAGUUCAGACACAACUCCAAGCGAUCUCGGGAUGGCGGAGAUCCAGGGCCAAGUAUUUGAUCCAACAUCAAGUCUUGCUUUCCUCCAUCGGGCAUCACGACGCCUCUCAGCUCAGGGCGAUAGUCAAGGCAUUGAUGAUUCACGGUCGGUGGCGGAGAACCAGCUGAUGUUUAUGGCUGGAGACAAGCCUCUGGCAAGUGAAGGCGACAACAUUCGCCAGCAGCCUACAUUGCCUGAUCCAGAAGAUGCCAGAACUCUGCUGACACUGUACUUUGAUGUGUGUAUCGCAACAUACCGCAUCUUACACCGUCCAUCUACGGAGUCAUGGUUAGGCAUUAUGGAAAGCAACUUGGCAGAUGGUGUAGCCGUAUGGCAGACAGUCGGCCGUGCCAAAGCAGCCAUCAUAUACGCAAUACUUGCGAUAGCCAAGUUUCACCAGGAGAAGUCCAAGGGCUGUCCUACUAAAGAGUGUCAGGCUCUUCGUCUAGGUGACCAAUUCUUCCGCUUCUCAAUGCGACUCGCAGACCAAGAGACGGGAUACCCCCGACUGGAAUCAGCUCAGGUCCGCAUCGUCCAAGUGUUAUACCUGUUGACAACCUCACGUUUCAACCAGAGCUGGUACGUUUUUGGAAAUGCGUUGCAGCUUAUCUCGGCCCUCGGCUUGCAGCGUCGCGCGGACUGGAGGAGAAGACACAAGUCGGCGGCCGAUUACAUCGAGAAGCAGUGUUCUCUCAGAACCUUUUGGACUGCCUAUGUUCUGGACAACUACCUGGGGGUAGUAUUCGGACGGCCACGCCACUUUCACGACGAUAACAUUGAUCAAGACCUGCCUGAUCGGAUCAACGACGAAGACAUGUCAGCGGAUGGCCCUGUUGGUGACUUUGAUGAUCGCCGCGGAUGCCAUACUGACGCCUUGGUCUUUCACGCACGGAUCGCCAAGAUUAUCGGCGCCAUCUCGCAGGAAAUGUAUACAGAAAACCACUCGUCUGAAGUCGAGAGAAUAGCCGCCGCCAAAGACUUAACACAACUGAUUCGCGACUGGCACCAAAGCCUCCCGGCUCAUCUAGGCGCAGUUCAUCCAUCGAUAUUGAUCCCUAGCUAUCGAAGGCCAGCAUUAGCCCUUGGUCUCGCUCACUCGCACGCCAUCAUGCACGCCAACCGCCUGUUUCUCAUGCGCACCCCUGCAUCAGCCUACGUAACGCAAGUCGGCGACUGCAUUAGGGCUGCCAAAGAUGUGCUCGAGUCGGUGGACACUAUGGCCCGCGGAAGUCCAAUAUUUCACGCCUUUUGGUGGACUCAUUAUGUGACAUUUUGUGCACUUGUGGUCACUUACGUAUGGGUAAUGCAACAAUAUCGCAUGGGCACGACGGAUGAUUCAGGCUACAGAACAAAGUUGAUGCAGCUGGCAGAGAGUUGCCAUGGCCAUCUUGCUCGAGCAACUGCUUCCAACUCUCCCAGUCGACGAUACGCAGUUAUACUCGAAGGAUUCAAGGCUGCUGCUAUGGCGGAGUCAACUUCGCAGCGUUCAAGAAUGCAUUCCACGGCACCGAACGAACACCAGGAGGCUCAUAGUACAGGCACUCCAGUAAUGGAUACGGACAAUGGAGCCGGCUUCACAUUCAUGUUUCAAAGCAGCUUGCCUACAGAAAUGCCUACAUUCCUCGACUGGCAACUAACAGACUGGCUAGAUCUAGACUCAUCCGUAAGUAUACCCAUUAUAUGUAUGACCAUCUCCGUUGUUGACUUCUUGCAGGCUUUCUGGCCAAGCUUCAACCUGGAUGAGGCAGUAAGAUCACCGGAUGGAUUCGAAAUCGGAGCUUAG